UGUUGUCACUGCUGCCUUGCCACACGUCUCUCUGACUCUCGUUCUGUACCAUCAAGCAUCGAACAGCUUCAAAAUGCAGUCUUUCGUCGUAUUCUUGACCCUCCUCGUCGGGACUGCUCUCGCCAACCCGAUGGCUGUCACGUCCGACGACCUGAAGCAACAGAACAGGGAAAUCUCAUCCAAGGAAUACCUGAAACGAGUCUUCCAGGGCUCCGACGUUGCUCUUGUCGGAAGAGACAGCCAGGACAUCGUCGAGAAGCUCAACGACCUCGGACUUCGUGAGGCAGCGACCAUCGCCAUGCAGGUCGAUCUGAGGUCGAUCAUUAGAGACGGCGACGUUUCAUCCGUCACUCUGUGCAUGCCCAGUGACAAGGCUGUCCAGAAGUGGAGGCAGGAACUCCCCGAAAGCCUUAGACCGGACAAGGAGGAGUCUUUGAAGAACCUGGUCAAGGCUUGGAUUAUUCCAGAAAGGAUCGCAUCAACGGAGAUCAGAGACAACGAGAAGGUUCAGAGCCUGAAUGGCGCCAAGCUGAGAUUCAACAUCUACCGUGAUGGCGUCAAGAAGGUGCUUACUGUUAAUGGUGCUCCCAUUGUUGAGGCCGAUGUAACAUUCGCCCAAGGACUCAUCCAGGUAGUCGACAAGGUCAUAUAUCCACUUCCGGUUGGUGACGUCAUCGAGACCUUGCGAGAUAACUUCAUAUUCUCCGUCUUCGUCGAUUUCGUGCGCCAAGCCAACCUCGUAAAUGAACUCGAAUCGGACCCCAUCACAGUUCUUGUACCAACCAUCGACGCCUUCCUAGAACUCCCAAUGGAUGUAGUCAACGACCUCGAUCGCGAUAGCGAAAAACUUCGCAACGUGCUCAAAUACCACGUGAUCUCUGACGUCAGAUAUUCUGCCUCGUUGUCGUCUGGACAACGCAUCCAAGCUUCAAAUGGAAAUGAUAUUUUCAUCACCCGAGACAAUGAUGAUCAAAUUUUCCUGAACACACUGGCUGAUCAAUCAAAAAACCCCGCAAAAGUGAUAGAGCGUGAUAUCCCCACCACCAACGGAGUCAUCCAUGUCGUCGACCGGGUCCUUCUCCCGCCUCAAAAACACUUCAUUCUCGUUUAACCCGACCUGACCAGUGAUACAGGACUGUACACCUGUAUAAAUAAGCACAUCCAAUCCCAAUAUAUGAUUUAAAUAAAAUAUAUUUCAAAAUAAUCGAAUGAUUCUGUAUUCAAAUGGCAGAAAUAAAACUACUCAUUUUCUAUAUUGCAAAACCCAAGGGUCAUGAUUAUUCAUUGAAUAAUUUGUAUCGGUGUAAUCCAUUAUGGUGUGUUUCAAGAAGCUUACAGGACAAGUCCAUCCCAACAAAGUUGAUUUGAACAAAUAUAAAGCAUAACACUGAAUUUCAUCAAAAUCGGAUGUAAAAUAGGAAAGUUAUAACAUUUAAAAGUUUUGCUAAAUUUCACAAAACAGUCAUAUGCACAUCCUGGUCGUUAUGCAAAUGAGGGGACUGAUGACGUCACUCACUUAUUUCUUUUGUAUUCUAUUAUAUGAAAUAUUGAAUAUUUCAAUUUACUCAUUGAAAGGUGAAAUAAGUUCUUCCUCCAUGAACAUGGGGAAUUACAAUUGUUCUAACAUUUUACGGUUCAGUUAAACUGGUCCUUAUUGUUAAAUCUGUAAAACUGGAAAUAUUAUGUAUUUCAAACAAUAUAAAACAAAAUAGUGAGGGACAUCAUCGACUCUCUCAUUUGCGUGUUGCCGAGUUGUGCAUAUAACUGUUUUGUGAAAAAUAUGCGAAAAUUUAAAAUGUCAUAACUUUAUUACUUUACAUCGGAUUUUGAUGAAAUUUUCAAUGCUAUUCUUGUUUGAUUUUUAUCUAAUAAUUCAAAUCAACAAUUUUCUGGGGUGGACUUGACCUUUAAUUAUGUUCAAUUUCAAAUCUAUCACGGCACACCUUACGACUGUUCGCGAUCCGAUUUUGUAACAAAUCGCAUUUUGCUCAUUUUCUGAAAAUGAAAUUGAAAAGAUUGCAAGCCUUUAUUUUGGAGUAAGAUAUUCCAAGUCUCAAUAUUAUCAUCAAAUUCCCGAUUUUAUUCUGAAAUCGGGUCGCAGACCAAUCUUAAGGCGUGUG